AUGGCGUCGCUGCGGGAGGGGGGCCGCUACGCCGUGUCCUGCGGGAAAGCGGCGGACAACGUCUCGGUACUGCACGUCAAGCUGACCGAGACCGCCGUGCGGGCGCUGGAGAGCUACCAGAGCCGCAAGGAUCUUGUUCCUUCUCAACCUUCAAUUCAGUUUCAAGGACGCCAAGGGCUUAUUAAAAUUCCCAAAGUUGAUCACCCAAAUGAAUCGCAUACAUUUAACUUCUACUUGUCAAAUGUUGGCAAAGAUAACCCUCAGGGAAGCUUUGACUGUAUCCAGCAAACUGCCUCAAGUUCUGGAGCCUCACAACUGAGUAGCCUGGGAUUUAUACAGAAUAAAAUUACAGUAUGUGCAACAAAUGAUUCCUAUCAGAUGACCAAAGAGCGCAUGACCCAAGCAGAAGAGGAAUUACGCAAUCGAAGUGCAAAGGUUAUUAAGCCUGGUGGACCAUAUUUAGGAAAAAGAGUACAGAUAAGAAAAGCACCACAAAGCAUUCCAGAUCCUGUGCCUGAAAGGAAGAGGUCAACACCUAUAAACCCAGCAAAUACAAUACGGAGGACUCAUGCAAACAAUGCUGUUUCUCAGCGACCAUACAGAGACAGAGUGAUUCACUUACUGGCAUUGAAGACCUACAAGAAACCAGAGUUACUUGCUCGUUUGCAGAGAGAUGGUGUCAACCUGAAGGACAGGAAUUCUCUUACAGCUAUCCUGCAGCAGGUAGCCAACUUGAAUCCCAAGGAUAAUUCUUAUACUCUGAAGGAUUAUUUAUUUAAAGACAUUCAGAAAGACUGGCCUGGAUACAAUGAAGUUGAUAAACAGACAUUGGAGUUAAUACUUUCUAGAAAAGUAAAUUCAUCUCAGAGUACCACCAGCACCAGUCAUUUGGGAUCUCCUGUAACUUCUAGUAAAGAUGCUGCAUCAGCUUCUCCUUCCCAGAAACGGCUCUUGGAUUUCAACUUCAUUGAUCCCCUGAUGAACAAGAAGCCGAGGAUCUCCCACCUCAACAGUCGAGUCCAGCCGUCCUUGAGUGGACCCCCACCUGCCCCCAGCAAGAAGGCAACCCUUGCCACUGCAGCACCUGCCCCACCAUCCUUGCCUGCCGCCCACCUGCCUGCCUCCAAUCCGCCCCAGACUGCCAGCUCAAUCUCCCCUAGCACACCUGAGGGGCGUGGGAUGCAAGAUCUGCCUGUAGAUAGCAUCAGCCAAAGUGGCAGUAGUGUCUUCAAGCACCAGCAAGAAAAAUAUACCUCUCGGACUCCUUUGGAAACCCCAGCGCCUGCUGCUGGUAAAUUGGAACAUCCCACAUUUGCAGGUGAGGAGGAUGUGUUGUGCAAGAAGUCCAUGAAGAAGGCCAAAAAGCAUAAGGAGAAGGACCAAAUCAAAAAGCAGGACACUACAAGAGAGCAGAAAGAUGAAGGACUACUUGAAAGCAAAACGGACCUUAGAAAAGAGGAGACUGCCAUGAUGAAAAGCCCCUCUGGUUUGGAGUCAGAUGAAGGAGUUGAAAAAACGUGCACUGCCUCCACAGAUUCUCCUUCAUCAACAAAUGAACUACCAGACUACUUCAAAAAAUACAUAGCUAUAGUCUCAUAUGAGCAACGCCAGCGUUAUAAGGAUGACUUCAAUGCAGAGUAUGACGAAUACAGGAGUUUGCAUGCUCGAAUGGAGAGUAUCACCAGAAAAUUCAUGAAGCUUGAUGAACAGCGAAAACAGCUUUCUCCAGGGUCCAAGGAAUAUCAGAUGCUUCAUGAGGAAGUCCUAGAAGAGUAUCGAAAGAUACAACAGUCUAGUCCCAACUAUCGUGAAGAGAAACACAGAUGUGAAUAUCUCCAUAACAAGCUGUCUCACAUUAAAAGACUUAUAAGUGAAUUUGACCAACAGCAAUCAGAGUUACGGCACUAGUCUCCUGCUCAGACCAGCAUAUGUGAAUGAAUGGAAACUUAUUUAUUUAAAAUUCCAUAUGAGUUGCUCUAAGAUUCUAAGAUUGAACUUUUGCAUUACAAAAGUUUUUCAGUAUUAGUUUACUUGAGUUGACUACUUCUGUUGUUGAUGUUGUUUGUAUGCAUAUUUGAAGCUGCUUUCUCUGGUCCCUUUUUUUCUUCAAGACUUAUGUUUGUCCAUUUAAAUCAUUUUAUCAGUAGGUGCUGGGACCCAGUACAUCUACUGUGAAGUUGUGCACAUUUUAAGAAAAUAGUGUAGCGAACUGAAAUACUUUUGGAUAAAUAUAAGGCUAUUUUUCUGACCUUUCUUGUUAAUGCAAACUCUUUGCCUUAAAUGGUAGAAGGUUUAGAAAUUUGCACAAAAAAAAAACCACAAAAAGAAAAAAAAACAAAAAACAAAAACAUUGUUUUGGAGGGUAAAAAAGGUGUUGUAUAUAAGUCUAUAUACAGCCCGUCUUUGUUACUAGAGAAACUCAUCACUGCAACUUAAACCCCCCAUCGCAAUGGUUGCCUUAAGGUGUUUGCUUGUGUGUAUUUAGUGUAGUUAAAUUAUUAGCUACACUGCUUCCCGCCUGCUGAAACACCUGGGAAGCACUACAUGGCCUACCAGUGUCUGAAAGUGUGUGCCUGUUCUGUGUGUAUGCAAAAAUGUGUGGGUGUGAGCAUGCAUGAUGAGGAGGGGAAAAAAAAGAAAAAAAAAAAGCUGCUACUCCAACUACUCUAAGUAGGCCAGACAUCGCUCAGGUUAAAACAACUGACGAGUGUUCCUCUAGAAUUUUUUCCUAUAAAAUUGCUACUUCUAUUGUGGAAGAUGAGAGCAUUUCCAUUUCAAUAGUUUGUCAGCUUUAUUAAUGUUGGUAAAAAAAAUUGAUACUUUACAAAAAAUUAAACAGAUAUAUAGUUUUGGGGCAAGAUUAUAAAACUAAACAUGUAGGCUACCUAUUUAUAUACUGCUAUAAAGUAUUUUUUGAAGAGAGUUAUGCAAAGAAGCUAUUGCCUACAUGAAAUGUAUAUUUAAAGAUUUCUGUCCUGGGUGCCAGGAAUAUAACAAAGAACAGAUGUAUUUAACUAUGAAAUACUGUGAUCACAAAACAGCACAAAUUUUCAUUUCAUGCAGUUUUUAUUUUAUUUUGAUUUAAAUCAUUGCUUGCUUUGUCAUGUGAAAACACGGGUUAUCUGGUCGGAAUAGAGCAAAAUCUUACUUCGUCUUACGUUUGUCUUUUCAAAAUACAGCCAAUUGAAAAGGGAAGCACUAUGUUUACAAAUAUGAUUUUGGAAUGUUUGCCAAAAUAGUGGUAGUAUCUCUAAUAAACUUUAUCUCCAGCAUUAAAAAAAAAAAAAAGAAAACAAAAACAAAACAAACAAAACCCACAAAAAAAUGCCAACAAAAAAAUACCAACAAAAAACAACAACAAAGAAAAACUAAUCCAAACUGUUGUAUAUCAUUGUAAACCAGAAAAUGUCUGAAAAUAUGCAUUCAAGUAAAUGGGAAUUUGAAUUUUUGCCUUGAAUUUGUGGGUUCAGAUAUCUCGCAGUCGUGAAGAUGAACUAGCUUGCAGAGGCAUUCCUUUCUGUUGCAUGACUUGUAUGACAUAUUUGAGGCCAAGCUGAUUCUGGAUCCCUUGGCUUAACCUCCACAUUUCAAACGGCAAUGUGAAGGGAUGACCUCUUGCUUAACAGUAAGAGCAGCAUUCAUCUGGACUCAAACACUGAGGCACACGGACAGCAGUGCCUAGGUCUAAGUGCAGGAGCUUUUGUCUGUGCUGCGUCUGCACUGGAUAGCUGGAUUUCAACCCAGCUUUCAACAAAGUGUCUUCUCAGAUUGAAACAAUGGAAAGCUUCUUAUAGUGUUUUGGCAGUGCAGUGCUCUUCAUCUAAACUGUUUGUACAGAUCUUACUUCAGCUGCCGUUGUGAGACAUUCAGUACUGGUAUACAGCUGUCCUAAUGUGUUGUUAGUAUUUGUUGUACUACCACUAUGUAAAAUGAGGUUAGUGUAGUUAACAAAUUUUUCUCCUCCUUUUAUGUGAAAAGAUUGACUCGUAUUUGCAUGCAUCUUCUGGUUUACUACCUGUGUAUCUGUUGCAGCUGGAGGUUAAUGCUACUUGAGAGGUCCACCACUGUGCAUCACCAUGAGAUCUGACAAGCUACUGUAAAGACCUUAAUUGAAGGUUUUGCUCAUUUGCAUCAAGCAUUUCUUAAGCCUUGCAAGUAUACCAAACAGCCUAUGUAAAUUUACGGCACUAUUUUGCAAUACCUAUCUCUUGUUGCCCUUGAGCUGCCAUUCCUGUUUGGCAGAUGUGGAAGAACCCACUGACUCUAGGCCUGUGACUUUAUUGCCCUGCCCCAUACAAGUGUCCUGCUUGCUCAGAGGAGCAAGCACUGCAGAUGGCGGCAUGUUGGCUGGGGAUACACUACAACAGGUCUGGAGCAAAUGACUGAUGGAGAGGAGCAGAUGCUCCUUCUCCUGAAAGGAAGCUGGAUCUCACUGCGGUUUCAAACAACAUCGAGACAUGAGGGGGCAUCAGCCCUCUCCAGCUGUCUGGAAAAAAAAAUCACAAGUUAUGAGGACUGGUUUCCCAUGUUAUGGUUUGUAGGGGGAAAACGAUGCCCAAAGAAAACUUUUUUGAAAUAGUAGCUAUGCUCUAAACCAUCAUAGGAAGCAGAUCACUGCUGACUGCUUCCAGGUCUUCAUUUGAUCUUGUCACUAAUCAAAAAGUAGAAAUAUUUGAAAGCGUUUUGUAAAACAUGUGUGUAAGUAUUGGAAGCAAAGUUGCUUCAAUUAGUUUUAAACAACUUGGAUUAAAGUGUUGAUAUCGUAACCUUGUUCAUUUGUUAGCUUUCCUUAAACAGUGUUGUUACAACCAGUCUUUCUGGAUAUGUUAAUGGUGAUUCAUGUGAAGACUUAUGGCUACUUUAAACUGCGAUUCUUCUCAGAAGUUUUGCUCUGCUCUGUAUACCUGAAGGGAAAGGGAUAUGGCCAGAAGUUCUGUAGCCUUCUUCUGGGGAAGGAUAUGGAAUUGUUUAAGGGAGGGCAGCAUCUGGGAAACAUGAAGGCUUACAACAGGGCUGUGACUUCCCUUUUGAUUCAGAGUACUGUAAAACUUUUUUCAAUUGUUUCCAUGCAAACUGUAUUUAAAUUCUGUGCGUGAAACAUCUUGGGGCAUUCUGUCAAUGAACAUUUGAGCCAUUGUUGCCCUUCUGUUCUGCAUCAACUUGAGUUCAAUAAAAUGUUCACUUUGCAA